UCAUUGUAACUUCUUUAAUAUAUAACUUUAUAAAAGUUCAUAAAAGUUUUUAAAAUUUCGAUUAUAAUAUUAUCGUAAAUAUUUUGAUAGUAGGGCAAAUAGUUUACGCGGCAAAUAGAGAGAGAUAUAAGGUUUUGAAUUGUACUGAUUACUGUUUUACAGAGUGAAAUAUUUAUAAGUGAAUGGUUCAUAGAAAUCAUAGAUUAUUUAAUUAAAUUAAAUAUUUUAAUAUGCAAGUAAAUUCACAAAAACGUGAGAAUACUCAAACUACAAUAUUAGCAUUAUUACUUACACAUAAAGGAGGAUGUACUCUACGGCAAUUAAAUAAUGAUUAUUAUGAAACAGAAGGUGAACAUAUACCAUGGAAAGAACUUGGAUAUAGCUCUUUGUUAGCUUUUCUAUAUAGUAUGUCAAAAACAGUUCAAAUAGAAAAUAAAAAUAAUACAUUUAUUAUACAAGGAAUUGCUUCUGAAAAAUCUAAACAUGUUAGUAAAUUAGUAGCUGGUCAAAAAUGUCAGAAACCAUUUUUUGGAAGAAAAUUUUAUAAACCAAAUCAUUAUUUUCCUACAACUGCUCCUCCUCGAAUUCGUAUACCAGCUGAGAUAUUAAGUAGGAUAAUCAGUUUAGUUAAUGAUCAUCCAGAUGGCGUAAAUAAAUAUUAUGUCCUUCAAGAAAUUCAUUUGUGCAUGCCUUUUGCAAACAUUACUAUGAAAGACAUGGAAGAGCAAUUACAAGAAUUAUCACAUACAAUUUUUCAAACAAGUACUAAAAUUUAUCCAACACAUGCUAAAGUUAAAGGAUUUAAUCAUUUAAAAAAUUGUAAUAAUAUGACUUCUAAUUCUAAAUCUAUAUCUCAAAAUGGAGAAAAAUAUAAAUCUGUAACUGUUGCUGGAGAUGAAGAUUUAAAUGAUAUAUUAAAUUAUGAUGAAGAAGAUAUUUUAGAGUUUUCACAUUCUGAUUCUUUUUCUUCAAAAUCAAUUAAAAAUAAAUCUACAUCAAGCUUUAUAAAAGAAACUGUAUUUAAAUAUCAAGAUCAAGAGACAGAAUGUCUCCAAAAUGAAACUCCAAAAAGUCAACAUAAUAAUGAUAUUCAAAUUCAGAUGAAAUUGAAUAAUAGUAUUGAAAAAGAUGAAGAAAAUGUUUUAGAUAAAAAAAAUGUUGAAAUACUUAUAAAUGAAAGAAUCAAAUUUCGUUUGGAAAAACUUAUACAAAAUCAUCAUGAUGGAAUUUGGUGUGCUGAUCUACCAAAGAAAUAUCUAGAAGAAUAUAAAGUAUCUUUGAAUUAUGAAGAAUUAGGUUUUAAUAGUGUUAGAGAAUUUGCAUCACAGUUACCUGAUAUCUUUCAUUGCAUUCAGCCUCAUAAUGCAGGAGAUUUUAUGCUUUAUUAUGCAAAAAGAGAAAUACCUUCAAAUAAAAUAAAAGAGAAUGAUAAAAUUAAUAAUAUUACAGAUUGGUAUAACAUUUAUGAAACAAUUGAUGAAGAAGCACUUCCAGCAGAAGUGUCACCUGAUACAUGUAAAAUAUUAAUACCAGAUAAUGUAAUGAGUAUUGGAGAAUAUGUAGGUUACAUAAAUGUUGCAGAUUUAGCACAAAAUGAGGAACCUUUCAUAGAAGUGUUUGUUGUAGAAGUAUUUACACCUUCAUUCUUUUGGAUACAACUUCGUAAAAAACAAAAAAUAUUUAUAAAGUUUAUGGAUGAUUUACAUAAAUUUUAUACAAUGAAUCAUGAGCAAUAUGUGAUUCCACUAGUUGUACUAGAAAGAGGUUUAAAUUGUGCAUGUAUAUAUAAUGGGUUAUGGCAUAGAGGUAUAAUCAAAAGUGUAAAACCAGAUUUACAAGUCACUGUAAUGUUUUAUGACUAUGGAACAUUAAAAACAUAUUCUCCAGGAACAGUAUAUUACUUGCAUAGAAUGUUUUCCAAUUUACCAGCUCAAGCAAUACCAUGUGGUUUAAUUAAUACAAGACCAUAUAAAGGAUCUAAAUGGUCUCGUGGUGCUACUUAUUAUUUUGCAGUAAGAACAUCUAAAAUACCUUUAGUUGCAACAAUUGCAUCAGUUAAUAUAGAGGAUAAUUCUAUGAUAAUAAGUUUGACUGAUACAUUGGAAGAAGAAGAUGUACAUAUUAAUGAUUGGUUAGUUGAACAGAACUUAGCAGAACAUGGAAAAAUGUAUUUAGAAUCUAGUUUUAUAUUAAAUAAUCCCAUUGUAAAAAAAUUGUAUGAAAAAUCUGAUAAUACUAAAUCUAAUAUUUCAUCAGUUGUUAAAAAUAUAAAAAAUGAUAUCUCAGAUACUGAUACUUUAUCUCUAUCUAUUAAAACUAAAGAAAAUAGUGAUAUGUCAGAUGAUAUUUCAUUGAUUACUCUAUGUGCUAAAAAAACAAAAAAUAAUGAUAUAUCAGGUACUGAUACUUCAUCAGUUGCUUUAUCUGUUAGAAACAGAAAAAAUAAUGAUGUAUCAGAUACUGAUACUUCAUCAGUUGCUUUAUCUGCUAAAAACAGAAAAAAUAAUGAUGUAUCAGGUAUUGAUACUUCAUCAGUUGCUUUAUCUGCUAGAAACAGAAAAAAUAAUGAUGUAUCAGGUACUGAUACUUCAUCAGUUGCUUUAUCUGUUAGAAAUAGAAAAAAUAAUGAUGUAUCAGAUACUGAUACUUCAUCAGUUGCUUUAUCUGCUAAAAACAGAAAAAAUAAUGAUGUAUCAGAUACUGAUACUUCAUCAGUUGCUUUAUCUGCUAGAAACAGAAAAAAUAAUGAUGUGAUAAUAGAUAACAAAUAUGAUAUUUUACAAAAACAUAAUAAUAUUCCAAAACAAUAUGCUUAUCAUUUUGAUGUACAUACUUCAGAAGAUGAAUUAGAUUUUAAUGAUAUCAGAAAGUCUAUUGGUAUAUGCAAUGAAGUAUAUAAAACAGAAUAUACAGAUUGGUCUGUUAUUGACAAAAAACAAGAAAAAAAAUAUUCAGAAGAAAAUGUAUUCAAGAUACCACAUGAAACAACUUUUAGAAAAAAAAAUAUACCAAUAGCUGAAAAUUGUUUUAUAAAAGCAGUAUAUAAUAGUUCUUAUUCAACAUUGAAUGAUAAAGAUAUACAAUGGACACCAGCUGGAAAUAUUAAUAAAACAUCAGAUGUAUCUCCAUUAAUUAUAAAAAAUAUUGAAAAACGUAAAAAAAAUAUUCCAAAUAAUAUGACAGUUGUUAUACCUCAGAAAAUAUUGGAAACAUUAACAGAUGAAAAAUUCUCUGAAAAAUUACCUAAUGUAUCUAAAAAUAUAGAAGAAAUUCAAUCAAUUAAUUUAUCACAGGAAACUGAUAAUAAUUUAAAAUAUACAAAUAACAAUGAUAUAUUUCAUAAUACAAAUUUUAAAAUGCAUUCAGAAGAUUACAAACAGAAUCAUUAUAUUUGUAUGAAAGCAAUUCCUAAAAGAAAAUUAUUAGAAAAAUUAUUGUCAUUAAAAGAUACAUCAAGCAAUAUUUUAAACAUAGAUUCAGAUGAUUUAAGCACAUCACAAGAAUCUAUAUUAUCUGAAUAUAAUAAUGAUAAUAAUGAUAAUAAUGAUAAAUAUACAAAAGAAAUAUAUAAAAAUGAUAUAAAUAAUGAAGAUACAUCAAAUGAAUCCUGUUUGAAAAUUCUCCCUAAAUGUCUUCCAUAUUCUGUUAAAACAGAUAUGACAGAUUUAUACACACUAGAGUCAUUUAAAUCUAUGAAUAAUGAUUUAGAUUUAUAUAAAAAAGAAUUUUCAGAAAUGUCAUCAAAAAGUUUAUUUGCAAGCAAUACAGAAUUAGUAGAAUAUGUGCCAUCAGAUUCAACAUUAUCACAACAAACUACAUUAACAGAAGAAUUCAAUUUAAUAAAAAAAUAUAAUUCUUCAGAAAAACCAUUAUUAGAUAUGGAAAUAAAAAAAUCAGAACAAUUAUUAAAAGAAGAAUCAAUAUUAAAUGAAAAAAUCACACAAACACAAAUAUCAUCUAAAGAAUUAUUAUCAAAAUCAAUGAUUAGUAAUUUAGAUGUAAAUGAAGAAGAAAUUCCAGUAACUUCAUCAAAAUCAUCCGAAUUUGUAAACAAUUUAGAAUUAGCAAAAUAUGUGCCAUCAGAUUCAACAUUAUCACAAAAAAUUAUAUUAAUAGAAGAGUCUAAUUUAAUAAAAAAAUCUAAUUCUAUAGAAAAAUUAUUAAAUGUAGAAAAAAAAGAAUCAGAAAUAUUAAAAGAAAAACUAACAUUAAAUGAAAAAGUCAAACAAAUAGAAAUAUCAUCAGUAAAAGAAUUAACAUCAGAAUCACUUAUGACUAAUAAUUUAGAUGUAUAUGAGGAAGAAAUUCCAGUAACUUUAUUAAAAUCAUCUGAAUUUGAUGAUGAUAAUAACAAUUUAGAAUUAAUGGAAUAUAUAUCAUCGGAUUCAACAUUAUCACAACAAGUUACAUUAAUAGAAGAGUCUGAUUUAAUAAAAAAAUCUAAUUCUGUAGAAAAAUUACUAGAUGUAGAAAAAAAAGAAUCAAAAGAAUCAUUAAAAGAAAAAUCAAUUUUAAAUAAAGAAAUCACACAAAUACAAACAUCAUUUACAAAAGAACUUGUAUCAUCUGAAAUUUCUAAUAUACCAAUUUUAAAUGAUAUUAAUAUAGAUUCUGAUGAAGAAGAAUGGGAUGUUCAAGUAUCAUAUGCUGAUGUUUGUAAUCUUUUUAAAAAACCAUUUAAUGAGAAUAAUCAGAAUCAAUUUAAUCAUAAAGAAUUUAAUUCAUAUCUAAAAAUAGAAGAAAUAAAUGAUUCUGACUCAAUUGAAGAUACAAUUAAUACAAAAAUAUAUGAAGAUGCAAAAGCUAAUCAUGAAGUUAUGUAUUCAGAUAAUCAAGACUCAAAUAAAAUCACUGAUAUUCAAAUUUAUGAAGAUGCAGAAAGUGAUACUCAUGAAAUUAUAUAUGCUACAGAUAAAAUAGCUAAUCAAGAUAAAACAGAAAAUGUAAUGAAUCAAUGUAUAAAGCAUGAAACUCAGAUGCCUACAAUAGAUUCUGAAGUGACUUCAGAAUUAAGUAAUAAAUAUACAUUUAAUUUAAAUAAUACUAUAUCGUACAAAUUACAAGGUAGAUAAAGUUGAUAUGAGUAAUUUGUUGCUUUAUGUGGAAGAAAAUUUAAUAUUAUCACCGGAACAAUUUUAUGAAGAAGAAGAAACUAAUACAUCUAAUAAUAAUGAAAAUUUAUCUGAUAAUGCCAUUAAUAUGCCC